CCCUGUCGUACUGUCCCGAGCCCUACUUCAGCUCAUUACAAUAAUCGCGUACUUCUAUGAUCCUACGCUUGCGCUUUAUACUUCUCGUCGGACUGCUCUGCCUGCUCGUGGGGGCAGAAGAUUGGGAAGACGAGCCAUCAACCAAUGUCUAUCGAAUUCGGGGUGCAACAAAGGGAGCAUGCAAUUACAUGGAAAUCCACCGAAGGACACCCAUUAGAGCCAUUUUCUAUUCAGACAAGACUCCCGAGAUCACUUUCAUCAGUCAUCGAGUUCCGGGCCGCAUCAAAGCUGAGUACUCGGUCGGGGCGGCGUUGAGUACCGGGGUUGAGCGUUUGCGCCAAUCAGAGAUCUACGGACACGCAAGACGAGUGACGCUCAACGUCGAGACGCUCAGCGUGCUCGAAAGUCCACCAGGCUUGCACGAUUGCUGCCGCGUCAUCACCCAGUCUGUCAUCAGCAUAUGGCUCGCAACCCAUCCGGCAUACGGGGUCACAGUAGACGAUACUUCGACUUCCAUGUCUUGUUUUACAAAGGGCGACAUGAACGAAUACUGCGAACCGGAAAGACUCGACUAUAAACCUCCUAGCUUCGUUCAGUUCAAAGAUUGCGAGCCCGAGGUUCGCUGGAGUCAGCC